CUCAAAGCAUAAUUGUGUUACAUAUAAUGGAUUCGUACCAUCACAUACUCCAUGUUUUCAUGACAGUUGUUAUUGCUUCUGUGAUCUAUUUAUAUUUGGAGGCCAGUCAAAAACUAACAGAAUUAGAAAAUGCAUUAUCAGAGAAGAAUAGAAGUAUUGAACAUGGUGUCAGAGAGGCAGUAUCAACCGAGGAACGUCAGAACUAUGUGGACACACUGCUUCUGGAGGGGUCCUCAGUUUGGUGUGUUGGGGGCACCCACACUGAGAGACUGUGUCAUUUUAAAAAUCUCUGCUAUUCUCCGCAUCAUGAACGCUUUGUUUUCUUUCACAGCAAGCACUCUUUGAUAGAUGGCGCCACCCAAGAAGGGCCAGCUCUCCUUGAUAUGUCAGCUGUGGAGGAUCAUAACACUCAGUAUUUUAACUAUGAUGACUUCCCUGUAGCUGCAGCUGGUCAGUUUAAUAUCUCUGUGAUUGAAGAGCACUGUCUGAUAAUGAAUCGCUUUAAACCCGACAAUUUGAUGCACAUCUUUCACGAUGAUCUUCUCCCGCUGUAUCACACACUGAGAACCAUCUCUCAUUUCAACAUGGCUGCCAUGGAACGUAUCCGUUUGGUGUUCAUGGAAGGGAGAGACGCAGGAGAGUUCCAGUAUAUCUACGAUAAAAUUACCAACCACAAACCGUUAUUGAAAAUGGAUUUUCAGAAUUCACUGCAGGACAACUUGGUGUGUUUUCAGGCAGCAACAGUUGGUAUUUCAAAGCAGACGACGUGGUACCAAUAUGGCUUCAAGGAACCCCAGGGCCCCUUACCUCAUGUUGAAAUAAAUGCUUUAGAAAUCACACAGUUUACAGCUUUUAUGAAAAGGAGGCUUGGAAUAAGUGAUGGACCACUAAGUGAAAAAAUAAUUGAAAAACAAACAUAUGGGGCUGAUUCUGACAAAACAUCGAGCGAGGAGCAGUAUAUCAAACAGAGUGAUCAACAAAACAUUAUAGUGAUAUUCUCAAGAAAACAAAACCGUCUCAUUCUCAAUGAGGUAGAGCUUUCUUUAAGCCUAGCUGAAAAGUUUAACAUGCAAGUUAUCAGUGUCAGCAUGGAGACACACACCCUUUCAGAAAUGAUUGUAGUAGUAUCUCGUGCAAAAAUUGCUGUUGGAAUCCACGGUUCUCUAUUGAUUUUAUCCAUGUUUUUACCUCCACAAUCUGUGCUUGUGGAGUUAUUUCCGUUUGCCAUAAAUCCAGAUAAUUACACUCCAUAUAAAACUCUAGCUAAUCUCAAAGGCAUGAAAAUUACAUACAAAGCGUGGAGGAAUACUUAUAUCAACAAUACUGUAACACACCCUGACUAUCCGGAGGAUUUGGGAGGUAUUUGGCAUUUAAGCAAGGAAAAACAGCAAGAAAUUUUGACAAGUUCUGAGGUAGCCCCACACCUAUGCUGUUCUGAUCCUGAGUGGCUUUUCAGAAUUUACCAAGACACUGUUGUUGAUGUCCCUGUGAUUGUAGAAUUAAUUAAAACUUCUUUGGAAGCACAUGGUGCAGUAGAAAAUAUUGAUGACUUGAAUGAAGACAGAAUCCUACCUGCUCAGGUGGAAAAAUUAGCAUGCUUGCCAUUUGAAGAAUCAACCAAUGGCAAGGCUGGAUUGUGGUUGUCAUGGCAACCACCUUGGAAUAUACAAUUUUUCGACCCAAGAGAAAUUGAAUAUGAAGUGUGGAUCCAAGAAAAAGGUAGCGAGGACUACGCUGCUUAUAAGAUGAAAAAAAGGAGUCAUCAGUUUCGUGAUAAAAUCAAACCUCAAACGAUGUACUACAUUUGGGUGAGGUGUAUUUUUGACCAUACUAAAGUUGGCCCAAUGAAUUCUGCUGUUGUAUCAUGUCAGACCACAGGUUAAAAAAUAGACAAGAGGUGGACAUGGUCAGUGGGAGAAGAUACAAACUUGUUUAUUAUGAUCUAAAUCUCAGAAAAUUACUGGUCAGGAGUUAUCUUUGAUCUAAGAAUUUUUUUUGUUUUCUUUUGUUCAUUCGGGGAUAUGUAGUUAUGUCAAGUAAUUACAUAAAGACUGUCACUCUUAAGAUUCAUAACAAAUGAACAAAAAUAAUAAUUUAUUAUUACGUUUAUUUCUGACUUUAAAAAAUUACGCAUAUAUGGUUUCAUAUAAUUUUGAAUAUGUUAAAAUAAAGACCAUUUUCAUAAUACCCAUAUUUUCUUCCUUUUUUGGAACAACAGAAUAGUGAAUUUUACUGUAUUUCACAUACCUCUAAAGAAGGGAAAUAUUUAAAAAAUUACAUCAUUUUACAGAAAAUAAUGUGGAUUUAUCAUUAACAGCAGUAGAAAAAUAAAAUAAUGAAAUUGGAAAAUUUAAUAUUUCAUGACAUUCUUUGAAAUCUGUAUGUUUGAGUGUUACAUCAUGUGAAAUCUAUUGCAAUUUCAGAAUUUGCAAUUUUUGGCAAAUUUAAAAGUUACUUAUAUUUCAUUUCUCAUCAACAAAUGAUUCAAAUACGUUAGGCAGUAAACAACACAUACGGAUGUUACAUCUUAUGAAAUGUAUAUUAUUUUUUAUACUUUUAUUUUUUGCUCAAUUUAAAAUAUUUUUGUUUUACAGGUUUUUUUC